AUGGCUGCAAAGAGACAUCUUAGCUAUGAGUUGGAAGAUGGUUCUCGGAGGAUGUUUGAUCCAAGCGAUGAAGAUCUUAUAUACAUUUACCUCAGAAAGAAGAUUCAUAAGCCCCUAUUUCUACUCAAUACUAUUAUUCAAUUAGAUGUGUUUCAAACAGAACCUUGGAGGCUACCAAGAGGUAUUAUGACAUCUAUUAGCGAUAGCAAGUAUUAUUUCUUUAAAAUUAAAAAUAGUAGAUUUGAAAAUAAGGAUACAAGACCAGCAGGAAACGGGGAAUGGAAGAGCAUGGAAAAGAACAAGGAAAUUUCUCUACCAAACAAUAUGUUCACUGGGAUAAAAAACACACUCGAAUUCUGGAAAAUGCAAGGAGGGGAACUUGUAAAAACCGAAUGGCUAAUGAAUGAAUUCCGCAUUACUUCAAGUGCUCACCCGACCGAGGUUUCAGCUUUUGCAGCAUAUCGCAUCACUAAGACUGUUCUACCAAGCGUAGUUGAUAUUACAAUGGAGGAUGGAUGUAUCUCUCCUCCACCCUCUCCAUGA